GCAGGCGCUCAGUCCCUGACCACUCCAGUGUCCGGAGCCUCUGGAGAGUCGGUGCCCUACUCUCUGUCUUUCAGUGCCCACCUCGCCUCUCCCAGUGGAGUCGCCCAGGUGAAAUCCAACUGCGACCUCACGCCUCUGGAGUAUCUCGGAGACGACAAGACCCAGGCCCAGGUCUCUCUGUCUCCAGGUCACAAGUUUGAUCGGGAUGUGGAGCUGCUGGUGUACUACAGCCACCCCCACCAGCCCACCGCUAUUGUGGAGGGGGGGCUAGCCUCGGCCCACGCAGGCUCAUUGAUGGGGGACCCGCUGGUGAUGGUCAGUCUGUACCCAGAAUUCAUUGCGGCUGCGUCGACGCCCCAGUCCAGCUAUGGAGAGUUCAUCUUCCUGGUGGAUCGCUCGGGCAGUAUGGGAUGUCCAAUGAGCAACGAGAAAGCAGAGCCAAUGCGCAUUCAAAGCGCACAGGACACUCUGCUGCUUCUCCUCAAGAGCCUGCCCCUGGGCUGUUUCUUCAAUAUCUACGGCUUCGGGUCGCACUUCGAGGCGUUCUUCCCGGAGAGUGUGGAGUACACUCAGCAGACGAUGGACUCUGCUCUGGGGAAGGUGAAAGGAAUGGGAGCUGAUUUUGGAGGGACAGAGAUCCUGGAGCCACUGAAAGACAUUUACAGCAAAGCCUGCCGACCAGGACACCCCAGACAGCUGUUUGUCUUCACAGACGGAGAAGUAGGGAACACAAAGGAUGUCAUUAAUGAAGUCAAGAAGCAUGCUGGCACUCACAGGUGCUUCACGUUUGGGAUUGGAGAAGGAGCCUGCACAGCUCUGAUCAAAGGCAUGGCCCGGGCAGGAUCGGGUCACCCCGAGUUCAUUACAGGCAAGGACAGGAUGCAGCCCAAGGUGGUGCAGAGCCUGAGGUUCGCACUCCAGCCCGCUGUCAAUAACAUCGUCCUCAGCUGGGACGUCCCGGCUGGACUGGAGGUUGUUCCUGUGUCCGAAACGCCAAAGGUCCUCUUCCGGGGUCAUAGGUCAAUCCUGUACGCGCAGCUCAAAGGAAAGUUUGAUGAGAGUGCGGUGGGUCGAGCGAGUCUUCAGUACAGUCUGGGAGACGAGCCCCACAAGACGGAGAUCAGCUUCAAACUGCAGCCGGACAAGCACACUGGGCUGACGACUCACCGCCUGGCCGCACGGACCCUGAUCUGCUCCCUGGAGGAAGGAGGGAGUGUGGAGGGAGAGGGCGGAGAUAAAGAGAAGGUGAAGGAGAAAGUGGUGAAGAUUAGCACCGAGGCCCGAGUCAUCUCAACACACACGGCCUUCAUCGCUGUGAACAAGGACCUGAAUCGGGCUGUGCAGGGGCCUCUGAUCCAGAGGAACAUGAGGCCACAAAUGAUGCAGUACUCCACAAUGAAGCGGAUGAAGAUGUCUAGUUGUGCCUUUGGCACUCCUCUAGGUAUCCAACCAAGGUUAAUGCAGCAGUGUAUGAUGUCUUCUCCAGGUAUCCAACGAAGGUUAAUGCAGCAAGGUAUGCAACGAAGGUUAAUGCAGAACUGUACGAUGUCUGCAGGUAUCCCACUAAUGGCAUUGCCGCAGUUUACGGGGGUACCUAAUACUGCUGUCAAUCAGUGUGGUGAAACUGGGCCAGAUAAAGAGGACCCCAUGCUAACGCUGAUCUCCCUGCAGAAAGCUGAUGGCUCCUGGGAGCUCAACGAAUCACUCGUUUCUGUGUUUGAGAAGGAAGAGCAAGAAGCCAUCAGCAAAAUGCCAGCCGAGGUGAGUGACAGGGCCGUGUGGGCGACGGUGCUGGCGUUGCUAUGGCUACAUGGCUUCAAGGCGGAGCUAAAGGAGGAGUGGGAGUUCCUGGCAAUGAAAGCGCUCUCCUGGGUCAAAGCACAAGCAGGGGCCAGUUUGAAGCUGUGUCUGGAAGCAGGGAACCGUCUCCUUGGCUGCAAGGUGGAGCCGCAGACACUUGAUCUGUGACGGUCCAGACCUCAAAGAGUCUCAAUCAGCCUUCUAUACCCACUGCAGCAAGCCAGCUCCUGCUUUGAGCAGCACACUGAAUAUUUAGCUGUGUAGAAAUGCUAUAUCUGAUCACUCAAAUAGCCUCAAUCAGCCUUCUAUCUAGCGACCCACUCCACUUGUUCAGAAACAGCAAUUGUACUGGAGUGGAGGUCUGUGGGUAGAAAAAUGUUUGAUUUUUAGUGCAAUAACAUUAUACUAACAUACAGCGCCUUUUCAUUCAGUCCUUCUGUUUUAUUUUCAUAUGUUACUGAUAAUGGCUUAUCUAAAUAUUUUCUGAAUGUUUCUUAUGCUUGAACGUUUCACGUUAUGAAUAACAAAAUUACUUUUAUGCAUUUGAGAAUUUCUUGAAAAUAGACCAGGAAUUACUGCAUUUAACUAGAAAUCUCUUGAAAUUUCUAUCAGUUUUGUGGAAGUUAUUUUGUGUUGCUUAUAUUACUGUUUCAAAGCAAUGCUGUAAAUGAAGACGGUACUGAGGUUACUAAGCCUUUAAGUAAAUCUUAUUCUCAAAACAACAUACCAAAACCCUUACUGUGUUGCUCCUUUUACCAGACGUCUUUAUUUUCACUCAGUCAAAGCCACUUCCUUCCUGUGUUACAUGCAUUAGGGUCCCACUGGAGCAUUGUGUUCUGCUGCACACAGAGUAGGAACCUGGUGGUUGGGUCCUUUUGUGUGUAAACACAGGAAGGAGUGUUACAGUCUGGUGUUGUGACAUGACUAGAGGCAGUCCAAAUCUGUGGAUAAAGGAUGUCCUUUGCAGGCUCCCGCGGAAUGCUCAGUCUUCAUAAACAGACUGCUAAAGUGACCUGGAAUAUAGAACUUAGCUGGUCGGGUCUAAUUUUGUUAAAUGAACAGAUGUUUUAUCUCCUUUUGAAAAGUAGGAUUCAAUUAAAGGCUGGAGUUGAGGCUUUGAAAAUGUGGCCCAAUAAGAAGCCUCAUGUGAUGUGAUGUUUUUGUUUGACAGUUUCUAAAGAUUUUACUGACAGAAAUGCUUGCUAUAUUAAAAUGGAAGUACUUAACCCAUA